AUGUCACACCAUUUGGGAGGGUCUUUUUUCGCCCAAGAAACUCUAGUGGGAUGGGCAGGAUUCUCUGCCAAAACCAAGGGACCCACGCUCAUAUCCACCAUCUGGCAAAGAAAAAGACCGUCCUGGCAUGCUAAAGACAGUCGCACGUGCGCUAAAGACAGUCCCAAGUCUGAUAUAUCUAUUGUGGUGCUCGCUGGUUUGGCGUCUAUUUCGGUGUUGUGUCUCGUCAAUGGUGGCAAUUCUGCUUUUGGUAGGCCGGUGGUAACUUACUUCUGCAGUGUCCUCUCGACGCCAUCAAUCCACUACCAUGGCCACUCUGUCUCUCUUCACGCAUGUCCUCAAAGCUUGCUGUUCUUGCAACAUGCUGGGAUCGCUCUAUCUCCCGACCCUAUCUUAUUCAUGCGUGUCCUUCCAAUGAAGAUGUACGAUCAACAUUAUACGCGAAAACCUCCACUUGAGUUCUCAUUCUUGAUGAUCAAACUCGUCCAAGAACCCCAGGAUUGCCUGGCGCUUAUCAGCGCUGGCAUCAACAACCCGAUUACGUCCGACCAACGCUCUGCGCUAGAGUAUCAAACCUCGCUGUUCUUGCAAGACGCUGGGAUCACUGUAUCCCCCGACCCUACCUUAGUCACAUGUGUCCUUCCAAUGCCGAAAAUCCACUAUGGCAAUCCUGCCUCUAGUAGAACGGUGACCUUUCUGCCGCAAAUUUUUACUGCUCAAUGCAAAAGUCCCACCCAACAUCGCAUCCCUCCUCUGAAGGCAAACAUAGAUACACCAGUGCGCAACAAUAAACCAAAGGGAUUACUUGUCAUCAUCAUGGGCAUAAAUGGCCUGUGGGAGUUACUUGAGCCUGCCGCAAAAACGAUACCUGUCAUCUCUCUUGCCCUCCAGGGCUGCUACAUAGGGCCUGCCCCUCACCUGCCCUACGUGGUGGGUGUUGAUGCAAGUGGAUGGUUCGAACAGUGCCAACAAGGCAAGUGGCACCGAGCGCAUACUCAGACUGGGCAGAAUCCUGCCCUACGAACAUUUCUAUUCCGACUCGCCCGACUCGCCCAGUAUCCACUGCAACUUAUCUUCUGCUAUGAUGGUAAUCAGCGGCCUGGUGUCAAGCGAGGACAUAUAGUGUCUUUGAAUGAACACUGGAUGGUGAAGCCAACGCAGCGCAUCUUGGAUGCUUUCAACACUGAGUGGAUUGUGGCUGCGGGGGAAGCUGAGGCGCAGCUGGCCUUGAUGAACAGGGCUGGUAUCAUCGACGCUGUCAUGACAGAUGACAGUGAUAUCUUCAUAUUUGGUGCCCAAACUGUCCUUCGAAACUCGACAUUUUUGUCCGACACCAUCAAGAUUUAUACUGUCAGCACCAUCCAGGAACACAUCGACCAUUCUCUUACUGGUGAUGCUUUUGUUACCAUUGCUAUUUGCUGUGGGGGUGAUUAUGAUAAGAAUGGUCUUCCAGGUGCCAUGCACAGUGGUAACCAGGACUUGUCCCUCCAACGGUGGCAGAACAUUGCUGAAUAUCACCUUGCAAGCAAUCCAACUGGCAAAAUGGGCCGAUCACAUCCAGCCCUCGCUCACUCACUUUCUGAUUCCUUCCCUAAUCCAGGAAUCAUCAAUUUGUAUGCACAUCCUGCUGUGACUCCACUCACUGAGCUGCCCAAACUGCGACCUCCAACCCCACCUAACCUCGCUCGGCUUGCAGCUCUUAUUCAGCAGCUCCUGGGCUGGGACUCAAAGAAGCUUCUCAGCACUUUCCGCACUACUGUCUGGCCUGUUGUCAUCUUGCACGAGCUUCUGGAGGACCUUGCCAAUAACUCACCUAUGAGCAAUGAGAUUGACCUUGCCUCGGGCUGCACAAGGGCUGUUUUUCUCAACCGUGCAUCAUGCCCAAAGAAGGCAAUUAAAGCCACACUCCGGCUACUUGAAGAGUCAGCUGAAGGCUGUCAGGAUGACUUGCAUAAGUAUGUUCAAGUAUGGCUUGCUGACCGAAUCUAUGACUGUUGGGUGCAGACAAUGUUCCUGUCGUCUUCAGGUGAUCCUCAAAUUGAGAGUAGUUCAUUGUCGACAUCGCGUGUGGUUCCCCAACUUGAGAGUAGUUCAUUGUCGACAUCGUGCGUGGUUCCCCAACUUGAGAGUAGUUCAUUGUCGACAUCGUGCGUGGUUCCCCAACUUGAGAGUAGUUCAUUGUCAACAUCGCACGUGGUUCCCCAACUUGAGAGUAGUUCACUGUCGACAUCGCAUGUGGUCCAUGGAUCAUCUGCAGGUGUGGUCCCUGUGGGUGCUGCCUCUCCUGUGAGCAUUAUUGAUCUCACACAAGAGGAAGAUGAAGUAGUGCUUGCAGAUGGUAUUAUAAUUGAUCUCACGGGUGACAACGAGGAUGAUUGUGAAUUGAUUGAUCUCACCCUUUGA